CUUGUACAAGGUAGUCAGGGAGUCGGGAUCGAUACAACAUAAGUUGUCAGAGGACCUUAUAAACCCAACACACAAACAAACAAGAAACUUUUUGCAUUGUUUCUUCUAACACAAAAGUAUUGUGUGGAAGACUACCAGGUUGUAUCUUGCCAGACACUAUAUCUUGAGUACUUCAAGAAGCACCAGAAUAAGUGUCUUAAAUAACAACUGAUAUUGCUCAAGUAUUGUGUGGAAGACUACCAGGUUGUAUCAUCCCAGACAUUAUAUCUUUAUUACGUCAAGAAAGACAUCACUUGAUAUUCUUGGGAAUUUUUGCUUUAGACAUUGGAAAUUCUGUCAAAAAAAUACAAUACCGUAAUUAAAUUUUUUCAUAAAUAUCUUUUUAAAGACCAGAGAAAAUAAUACUAAAAAUGUUGUUGAGAAUAUCUGCAGUGUUCUAGAACAUAUACGUAUUAGUCUUUGAACACAAAACAAAAAAUUAUGAUAAUCCUUUAACACACACAAAAUAAACUUUAUUAUUGCUCAUAAGUAGGAAAAGUUUUGAGGAAAAAUAUCUUUACAUGCUCAUAAGAAAAACUGUGAUCUGUGCCCAAGAUAGUUAAAAAAGAAUUGAAAUAUAUUGGAGGGUAUAUAAAGAAGAUUAACUAUACCAUUAUUGAAUGCCUAAAAUAUUUUAAAAUGAAAUACCUUCUUGUAAAAAAUAUGGAGAAACAUGAAGCACAUAAACCACAUCAGUGUUCAGAGUGUAAGAAAUGUUUUAGUAAAAAAUCCAAUCUUGUGAGACAUAUGCAAGUACAUACAGGAGAUAAACCAUAUCAAUGUUCAGUGUGUUUGAAAUAUUGUGGUCAGAAAGGCAGUCUUGUGAAACAUAUGCAUGUACAUACAGGAGAUAAACCAUAUCACUGUUCUGAGUGUCUGAAAUGUUUUAGUCAAAAAGCCAAUCUUGUGAGACAUAUGCGGGUACAUACAGGAGCUAAACCAUAUCAGUGCUCUGAAUGUCCAAAAUGUUUUGGUAUAAAAGGCCAUCUUUUGACACACAUGCGGGUACAUACAGGAGACAAACCAUAUCAGUGCUCUGAAUGUCCAAAAAGUUUUAGUGUAAAAGAACACCUUGUGAGACAUAUGCGGGUACAUACAGGAGACAAACCAUAUCAGUGCUCAGAGUGUCCAAAAUGUUUUAGUGAAAAAGGCCAUCUUUUGAAACAUAUGCGUGUGCAUACAGGAGAAAAACCUUAUCAGUGCUCUGAGUGUCCAAAGUGUUUUAGUGAAAAAGGCCAUCUUGUGAGACAUAUGCGAGCACAUACAGGGGAUAAACCAUAUCAGUGCCCAGAGUGUCUGAAAUGUUUUAGUGAAAAAGGCACUCUUGUGAGGCACAUGCGAAUACAUACAGGAGAUAAACCAUAUCAGUGCCCUGAGUGUCUGAAAUGUUUUAGUGAAAAAGGUAGUCUUGUAAGACAUAUGCGAGUACAUACAGGAGAUAAACCAUAUCAGUGCCCUGAGUGUCUGAAAUGUUUUAGUGUAAAAGGCAAUCUUUUGAAACAUAUGCGAGUACAUACAGGAGAUAAACCAUAUCACUGCUCUCAGUGUCUGAAAUGUUUUAGUGAAAAAGGCAGUCUUGUGACACACACGCGAAUGCAUACAGGAGAUAAACCAUAUCAGUGCUCCGAGUGUCUGAAAUGUUUUAGUAUAAAAGGCCAUCUUGUGACACACAUGCGACUUCAUACAGGAGAUAAACCAUAUCAGUGUUGUGAGUGUCUGAAAUGUUUUAAUGUAAAAGGCCAUCUUGUGACACAUGCACGGGUUCAUACAGGAGACAAACCAUAUCAGUGCUCUGAGUGUCUGAAAUGUUUUAGUGUAAAAAGCAGUCUUGUGAAACAUAUGCGAAUACAUACAGGAGAUAAAUCAUAUCAGUGCUCUGAGUGUCUAAAAUGUUUUAGUGAAAAAGGCAGUCUUGUGACACAUAUGCGAAUACAUACAGGAGACAGACCAUAUCAAUGCUCAGAGUGUCUAAAAUGUUUUAGUGUAAAAGGCCAUCUUGUGACACACAUGCGACUUCAUACAGGUGAUAAACCAUAUCAGUGUUGUGAGUGUCUGAAGUGUUUUAGUGUAAAAGGCCAUCUUGUAACACACAUGCGACUUCAUACAGGUGAUAAACCACAUCAGUGCUCUGAGUGUCUAAAAUGUUUUGGUGUAAAAGGCCAUCUUGUGAGACACAUGCGACUACAUACAGGAGAUAAACCAUAUCAGUGCUCCGAGUGUCUGAAAUGUUUUAGUGUAAAAGGCAGUCUUGUGAGACACAUGCUAGUACAUACAGGAGAUAAACCAUAUCAGUGCCCUGAGUGUCUGAAAUGUUUUAGUCAAAAAUCCCAUCUUGUGAAGCAUAUGCAAGUACAUACAGGAGACAAAACAUGUUAAGUGUUUAACCCAUUGACUGUCACAACACCAAAUCCUGAAGUGUCUCCUGGUGUCGAAAAAUAUUAAAAUUUUUUUUUUUCCUUAAGAUUAAUUUUCUGAUUGUUUUAAGCCCAAAAUUUUUUUUUUGCGAUCAGUAUUUACCGAGAUAUAGAGAAGUAAAGUUGCCAGAAAAUGAGCCAUGUACCUGGAGUUUACCUGGAGAGAGUUUCGGGGGUGAAUGCCGCUUACCCGGUAAACUUUGGUUUACUUCCAUUUGAAGGUUUCUUGUUUUUUUCACUAUUUUAGUUUUCACAUAACUUAUGUGGCCUGUGAGACCAAAGUAAGGUGCAGUGUACAUAUAUACACUCGUUGUAUAUAACACAAUAAUUGCACAAGCAUUAGUAUCAUUAUAUUGUUUACAAAACUUGUUUACACAAAUGAAUAAUAUAAAAAAUUAUUUAUUACUGUUGUUCUAUAAUAUAUAUACAAAUGUACAAUCACUGGACAUAUUCCUAGAACUGCUACAGCUUGUGAAAUUCUCUGAAACAUGGGUGUAUGCACAAUGGUGUUUUACAGUCCUCACACAUAAACAGUGUCUGCGUUUUUGUGGGCAUUUUUUUGUACAUGCACAGACAAACACCUCGUCUGAGCAGUUUUCUUCAAAGUAUUAGCAGGCAGUUGUGUUAGGCAGUUAUCCUAGGUAAAUGGUCAUGUGUCAUCAUUCCUACCUACCUUUCAUUCUUUCCACCCUUCCUUCUGGUUUCUAUAAUAUAUAUACACAUAUAUAGUCACUGGACACUAAUAUAAAACUGCUAUUAUUAUCUUCUGGAAGCUUGUGUUGUGUGUGUGUGUGUAUGUACUCAUUUAUAUGUACUCACCUGUAUGUGCUUGGAGGGGUCGAUUCAUAGCUCCUGGCCCCACCUCUUCACUGGUCAAUACUAAUUCACUCUCUCCCUGCUCCAUGAUAUUUGUCAUACCUCUUCUUAAAGCUUUUUAUGGAACUUGCUCCCGCUACUUCACUCUCCAGAUUAUUCCAGUUCCUGACAACUCUAAGACUAAAGAAAUACUUCCUAACAUCCCUAUGACUCAUCUGGGUUUUCAGCUUCCAGUUGUGUCCCCUUGUUUCUGUAUCCCAUCUCUGGAAUAUUUCGAUCCUUGUCCACCUUGUCAAUGCCUCUUAGUAUUUUAUACGGUGUUAUCAUGUCCCCUCUAUCCCUCCUAUCCUCUAGUGUCAUCAGGUUGAGUUCCCUUAACCUCUCCUCAUAAGACAUACCCCUCAGUUCCGGGACUAAUCGUGUUGCAAAUUUUUGCACUUUCUCCAAUUUCAUGAUGUGUUUGACUAAGUGGGGUUCCAUACUGGAGCUGCAUAUUCCAGUAUAGGCCUUACGUACACUGUGUACAAUGUCGUGAAUGACUCCUUACUCAGAUGUCUCAACGCCAAUCUCAGGUAUGCCAAUCUCCCAUAUGUUGCAGCAGUUAUUUAAUUGAUGUGUGCCUCAGGGGACAUGUUCGUUAUAAUGCUUACCCCAAGAUCCUUUUCUUUAAUUGACAUUUGCAGCUGUUGGUUUCCUAACUUGUACUCCAUCUGCGGUCUUCUGUGUCCUUCUCCAAUCUUCAUGACCUUACACUUACUGAGGUUAAGCUCCAGGAGCCAUUUGUCAGACCAUACUUGUAGUUUGUUCAGAUCCCCUUGUAAUCUUAACUGAUCCUCGCCCACUUGUAUUCUCCUCAUCAGUUUCACAUCAUCAGUCAACAGUGACACUUCUGAAUCUAUUCCUUCCACCAUGUCAUUCACGUAUACAAGAAACAGCACUGGGCCUAGGAGUGAACCUUGUGGAACUCCACUCGACACAUUUGCCCACACUUCAGCAUGUACCAACACUUGUUUCCUUCCUGUCAGGUAUUCCCUGAUCCAUUGCAGUACUUUCCCCGUUAUUCCUGCCUGCUCCUCUAAUUUUUGCACCAGUCUCUUGUGUGGUACUGUGUCAAAAGCCUUCUUGCAGUCUAAAAAGAUGCAAUCUACGCAUCCCUCUCUCUCCUGUCUUACUUCUGUUACCUUAUUGUAGAACUGAAGUAGAUUUGUGACACAGGAUUUCCCAUCUGUGAAGCUGUGCUGACUGUCAUGUAUGAGCCCAAUCUUUUCAAUGUGUUCCACCACUUUUCUCCUGAUAAUCUUUUCCAUGGCUUUACAUACAAGUCAGUGACUGGUCUGUAGUUUAACCCUGUAAACGGUCGAAACGUAUAUAUACGUUUUUUCAACAUUUGAAUGUAAAAAAAGUAGAUGAUCUUUUUGUUUUUUACAUUUGAAAAUGUGUAAAAAAAACGUAGAUCUACUUUUGUAGCACUACACAUGUGAACGUAGAUCUGCUUGGACCGUUUAUGGGUUAAUGCUGCCUGUCUGUCCCCUUCCAUGCCUCGGACAACUGCCCUGUUUCGAUAGAUUUACUGAAUAUUGCUGCUAAGGGCACACACAGUUCCUCUGCUCCCUCUCUCAGUAUCCAUGGAGAUAUGUUAUCUGGGCCCACCACCUUUGAGGUAUCGAGUUCAUCUAGCAGUUUCUUCACCUCUACCUUGGUUAUGUGUAUUGUGUCCAGCACCUGCUGGUGCACCCUACCUCCACAGUUGGAAGCAUUCCUGACUCUAUUGUGAAUACUUCUCUAAAUCUUUUGUUUAGUUCAUCACAUACUUCUUGGUCACUCUUUGUGAGCUCCCCUCCUCCUUUCCUCAAUCUGGUUACCUGGUCCUUGACUGUUGUUUUUCUCCUAAUGUGACUGUAUAAGAACUUUGGUUCAGAUUUGGCUUUUGAUGCUAUGUCAUUCUCAUAUUGCCUCUGGGCCUCUCUUCUUAUCCCUGCAUAUUCGUUUCUGGUUCUUCUGCUCAACUCCUUGUUUUCUUUAGUACUUUGCCUUCUAUACCUUUUCCAUGCUCUAGCACAAUUGGCUUUGGCCUCUUUACACCUCCAAUUAAACCAUGGGCUCGCUCUGGUCUUACCAUUUUUUCUGUUGCCCUUUGGUAUGAACCUUUCCUCUGCCUCCCUGCACUUUGUGGUCACUAUUUCCAUCAUUUCACUUUACUGUCUUUCCAUCUAGUUCUCUUUCUCACUGCACUUCAUGCAGGAAACUUCUCAUUCUUAUGUAGUCCCCUUUUUUAAAGUUCGGUUUCUCUCUUUGUUCUCAUGCUGCUGCAUUCUCCACUGUUAACUCUACAAGAUAUUCAAAACUCAGGACAUCAUGAUCACUAGCACCAAGUGGUCUUUCGUGGGUGAUAUCCCCUAUGUCUGAACUAUUCAAGGUGAAUAUGAGAUCCAGCCUUGCUGCAACAUCCUCUUCUCUCUCUCUGGUUGUAUCCCUAACAUGUUGGUGCAUGAAGUUCUCCAAUACAGUCUCUAACAUCUUAGCCCUCCACGUUUCUGGUCCCCCAUGUGGCUCUAGGUUUUCCCAGUCAAUCUCUUUAUGAUUGAAAUCCCCCAUUAUAAGCAGUUUUGUCCUACCCAUAUGAGCCCUCCUGGCCACUUCAGCUAGUGUAUCCACCAUUGCCCUAUUGUGCACAUCAUACUCUUCUCUUGUUCUCCUGCUGUUAAGUGGUGGGUUAUACAUCACUGCUAUCAUCACCUUUGGACCACCAGUCUGAAGUGUUCCUACAAUGAAGUCGUCUGUUUCCCUUCUUUCCAUUCCUGUCAAGUGGGAGUGGGAUAUGAUGGGACAAUAAGUUUGUUAUACCCAUCUUCUCACCUGGUAAGGCAAUGGCUUUACAAUGUUCAUUCAACGGAGUCAACAAACACUGACCUUGUCUGGGAAAUCAGUGGGAGCUAAGUCUUUCUCCUCAACUGGUGGAACGGAUUGAUCCAGUGAAGUGGAUGAGGUCUCCCCGGUAGAAAUAGCACCGACCCACUGGUCAGGUGACAACUCAUCCUCUACCUGAAUAGGGUAAGGAUAGUGAACAAGGUCAACAAGAUUGGUAUUUGCUCUGAGACGAACACUGUGACCAAAAGUGUUUGCUAGGAAGAAAUGGAUCUUACUAUCUCUUACAACAUGUAAGGAUGGCUCAACAAAUAAACCCAUUACUUUGCAGGAAUCACUGUCAACUAGGACGUUAUCACCAUCUGGAACACUAGGAACAACAACAGACACUCUACUGAGGGCACUAGCCACGACAGAAACAUCUUUCUGCAGACAGCAUAUGACAUCAACAAGAGAUGGCAUUACUAGUUGCAAGUAAUCGUUUUCCGACAAGGCGUCCCCUGUGGAGAAACUACUGCUUGAACUAGCAGACAUUGCAGGGAUAGGCUCAGCACUCAAGGUAGUCAGUGCAUCCUCGGACACUUGAGGUAACUGGACACUAUCUUGCAAGCCUGAAGUUGCAGGUGGAACACAGACAGGAGUGACAGGAUCACGAGUGCCUGACUGCUUGGGUAUGCUACUGGAAAAUGCACUGGCUUGUAAGGACUUAAUCCAAACGUCGUACUCUGUGGCAGUAUGGCAGAUCUCGGAUCCAAGCUGGUAUCCCCAAAAUGGUACAAUCAAGUCAUCAAUUUGUGCAUGCCAUCGAUAAGGGUCGAGCACAAUGCAUAAGUCUCUUGUGGAAGCAAAUCCCAGGAGAAGAUCACCAGGGAAAGUAAUCUGGUCGACAACAAGGAAGGAAGCAGUAAAGUCUCUACCUUGGAUAGAAAAGGUGAGGGAAGUCCGACCUAGGACACGCAGGUGAGGGAAGUCCGACCUAGGACACGCAGGUGAGAACCAGCUACUCCACUAAGGGAGGACACAUGAGUCGGUUCUACGAGAAGGACAUGUCGUAACUGCUAAUCCUUAAACAAACUAGACCUGAUAAUACUGACUUGUGUACCAGAAUCCAUGAACAAAUGAACACGGACAUUAUGAGCAGAUGCUUGCACUAUAGGGCCUAUUGUUGCAUUGGAAGUUAUGUGCAAACAAAAAGGAGGGUUGUUAUCAGAAAAGAUUUGUUCCACUUCAUCCCCAAAAUCAUCUACAUCAAAGAUGUGUGAAGCAACAUCAUCAGUGGGAUUGUCAUUCUCGAGACUGCUUAAGGCUUCAAAGGAAUUAUGAAUGGGGAUGGUGUACUCAUUGUCACCUACUGUCACCAUGGGACAGUUUGACUGGGGCACUCGAAUUCCCCUGAAUUGGAAGGAGCCUAGUUCUGGUUAGUCUGAGAACCACGACGUCUGUUUCCUCUCCUGGUUCUGCUGUUGGAACAGCCAUGGAAAGAUCUAGAGUACUGAACGUUGUAGAGAGCACUGCACUCAGAUGUGUCAUGUCCAUGUAUUCUAUGAUAAGUACAGUAGGGAAGAUCUGACUGGUACUCAUCAUCAUCACUACGCCUCUUAGGGUGACUAUCAGGACAAUUAAUUGCAAUAUGACCAUGGAAAUCACAGUUGUAACAAGUCUGCUGACUAUGGUUACUGAAUGUACUAUGAAUACUACGAGGUUUAUAAUGACUCUGGACACUGGUCCUUGGUGAUCACUGCGAUGGUUGAUGACCACGAUUUGUCGCUGUGGCACAAGUAAGAGGUGGUGCAGACUGAGGCAUAGGCAUGAAAUUACUUUUGAUACACAGGAAAGUACCCUGGGGGCUCAAAGAACGUACAUGAUUUAGGGCUGUAAGUGGUUCCGUCGUCACAGUUGGAGAAUUACCCUCAUAAUCACACACGGAAGCAGGCGGCAUUAGUUCUUUGAUUGCUCCAAAAGCUGCUAUUUUAGCAAACGACUCUGUGGAUGGUUUAUCCUCAUCAGGGACAAAAGCUGAGGACUGGACAGCAUUGAUAAAUGAUGAUAAAAGUUUAUCUAAUCUAACAGCAAAUGCACUCAAUGAUUCAUUAGUCAUGGGUGUAGCAUUCACAAGUUCCCGAAGAACGACAUAUGGAUCAGCUGUUUUUACUGGUACAAGGAAAGAAUGAAUCAGUUCCUCAUAUUGUGAUCACUUAGUAAGAUUCCUGAAGUCUCGCAUUUCAAGGAGAUCAACAACAUGAACAGCAGCAGGGGACCGAUGAAGAGCUUCUUUCGCAAGUCUGAUAAGACUUUCCUCUGAAGGAGGACCAUCAACUAAAGCAUUAAUACGAGAACGAAUGGCAGUAAACCAUGCUUCAAGACUAUGUACAUGGCCAUUGAAUAAAGGUAACACAUCAAGGGAAUUGCAAGUAAAACUAUGGUGUCUCAGUGUCUGGGUCGGUCUGUCAGCCGAUAAGGAACUAUGAGGACUGAUGACAGGAGCAGCAGUAGUCUGAGAGGUCUGAGUGUCGACAUUCACUAAAGUAUCACUUGAAGGUAUGUGAGGCAUAAUGGCAAAGAAGUUACACAAAAAACAAAUAAAGCAAAAAUAAUGAAUAAUAAAAAUGACAGGAAAGGCUAAAAUUGAAAUAAAAGAGAUGUAACUAAUUCUGCAGAAGUAACAAAAAUGUCUAAGAUACACUGCAAGAGGAAGGACAACUCAAUAUAAGGGACUGCUGGCCAAGAUAAAGAAACUAAAAAAAUUGUAAAUUAAUGUAAAAAGUAUAAAUAAAAUUAUUAAAUUGUAUGCAAAGAGAUAACUGGGAAAUUUAAAUAUUUUCUAAGAUUGUAUAAACAACAUUAGGAAAAAUAAUAAAAUGAAAAACAGGACACUCAAACAAUAAUGAACUGAGAAUAAUAAUGCAUAAAAAUAUCAAUAAAAGGAAAUAAUUCACUGCAGAACAAGUGCAAUAAAAUAAGGCACAGAAAUAAUCAAUGUAGCAAUAAAAGUUACACUGGGAAAAUGUAGGUUAAACAAUAAAAAUAAAAAUAUGAAGAAAGAUUGAACACUAUAACUCUUAAUUGUAAAUUAAACAAAACAAUUUACUCGGAGUAAAGAAAACACUUUAUGUUAAAAAUCAGUAAAAUUGCGCUAAGUGAGAAUUUGUUCAAAGAAAUGUGAAAAAUAUGAAUAAAAAGAAUAAGAAACAAAACUGGAAGUGUAACCCAAGUGGCGGGGCACACACGACAAGGAUUAAUUAUUUAUCAGUUAUGUUCUUACAACAAAAUCUUGGUGCGACUGAUUCGACAAAAAUUGCUGGCAAAAUUAAUGGUACACAAGUCUGCGAAAAAAUCAAGGGAAUGAGACACUGCUGGACAUACAAAAAAAAGGUAUACAUGGAAAUAAAUGGAUAAUUUAGUAUACUGGGGUGAAUAGCACUGUAUGAACUACAAUAAUGACAAAUACUUGAGAAUACAAUAUUGAAAGAACACAAGAAAAAAUAAAUGAAUUACUUCACACACAGUGAAUGACUGGGGUAAGGAAUAAAAUACUGCACACAAAUAAAAAAUACACUUGAACACUACAAAAUAAUACUUACUAAAGACAGGGAGUAGCAUAAAAAAAACAGAUAAAAAUGAAACAUGAAAGAUGAGCGAUAACACUGAAAAAAUUGCAAAAAUAAUGAGUCAAAGAAACACUGAGUCUACACUGAAAACACAAGGCUUAGAGUACACAAGAAAUUCACUGUAAAUGUCUAACACACUCAAAUGUAUUUAAAUGCAAGGCAAACAUCUCUAAACGGAAAAUUAUCACUGAAGUCUGGAGUGGUAGACGGCGGUGACGGGUGAUGAGAGGAAGAUGUGGUCCUCUGGGCAGGUGAUGAUUCCUCCUACACUCACACUGUUGUCGUGAAGAAAUGCACUUUCCAAAGACACACACUUAGGCUUUUAACGGUGGCACUCAGGUGAAAUACAGGUGAAGUACAGCUCUUGACCCAGUAUGUGAGCGGUAGAAAGGUGAAUAACACAACAGGUGGGCAAGGGUGAGUGGCGGGUAAUAGUGGGGGCAGCGGAACAAGCUGGCCCUGUGCAUUCUCACUGCCACGCACGAGAUCCAGGUGGCUUAACUAAGCCACAAUAUGCCACAGGGAUGGUGAAGACCACAUUAGCAUCUGACUGGGAGCACAAAGCGAUUUAGGAGACAAUACUUCAGAGGAACUUGCGUGGCUUACUUCUCUCUCUCAGCUGGGUUAGGAAGUUGAGUUAUCAUGCUGGCUUAACCCACGAGAAUAGCUGACUGGAAGACGUGUAACGAUGCACACAGCAUGAAGGAGCAGGUGGAUGACAGGAGACAGGCUGAGGCAGGCUGACUGGCAUUCACUUCCACAGUCAGGCUUACUGGCUGGCUUAAUUGCAAAAUCCGGGUCAACCCCUUGGAGAUUGAAGCAAUUAGCACAAACUAAGCUAGGAAGCUUGAAAAGCGGCUGCAACUGGCUUGCAGGCUGGAGGGACACACAAAUUGGGUCCUAGGGGUGAGCGGUGUUCAAAAACUGCUAUGGUCAGCUGUAAUGUCAGUGAAUAACAGUGAUUCACACAGACGGUUGGUAGUGAGCCAUACUGUUCUCUCUGUCUUUCCUCAAAAUCUGAUAUCCAGGUGGAAAAAUUGCAUCUGUUAUCAUCCCUGUAAGUUUUGUCUCUGUUAGUGCUAUGAUGUCAGGUGAUGCAUCAAUGAUGCAUUCUUGCCACUCUUCACUCUUAUUUGUUAUUCCAUCUGCAUUGGUGUACUAUACCUUUAGCUUCCUUUCCAUUACUGUAUUUUGGGAGAUGGAAGGGAAAGGUGCAGGGUGGGAGGCAGGGCACAAUAUUAUGGGAGGCUGCUGUGAUUGUGGAAUUAGUGCUUAGGGGGGCGUGGAGGCUUUGGAGUGAGGUUCAUUUCUGUUUACUGUGUUUGGCUGAUAUGUGGUGACAGGGAUUGAGAGGUUUCUGUAAGCAUUUGUGUUUGAUGUUCCCCCAAAGGCUGAGCUUUCCUGUCUGUCAUUGCCUGUCCUGUCUCUCUUUCCUUCCACUGGUUUUGCCUUGCUCUCACUUUCAGUUCCAUUUCCUUUCAUGUUCUGUCUCGAUUUAGGAACACUUUUUGAUAACCUGGAGAGUCCUUUAACCCUUUCAGGGUCGAGAGGCCCUCUCCAAAACGUGUUCUCAGGGUUGAAAAUUUUUCUGGAAAAAAAAUAUUUUUUCUUAUGAAAUGAUAGAGAAUCUUUUCCCGAUCGUAAUGACACCAAAAAUAUGAAAUUUGAUGGAAAACUUACGGAAUUAUGCUCUCACGAAGUUAGUGGUCUCGCUGAUGUUUACAUUGGCGAUUUUGCCCGCUUUGAGCCCUAUUUUUUGCCAAUUCCUGUGUACUAGUCGACAGAAAUCAUAUUUAUUUCGCUGGAACUCCAUUUUUUCUAUUGAAUGAGUACAAGAAACCACCCAUUUACCAAUUUCAAGUAUCCAAUAAAGUGGUUAGAAAUUGGCAAUUUUGCCAAUUUCACACAAAUUUCAGAUGUCAUUUUCCAAAUAGGGUCCAGAAUAAACAAGAAAGACAUUCCUGGCACUAAAAUAACAAGUUCUCUGUUUGUUAGUCACGUCCCCAGGCCCCUCUUAUAUUUCUUUUGCUUUCCACUUUGAUUUUUUAUUCUUACAAAAAAUAGAAGAUUUACUGUUAUGCAGACUACCGCAUUAGUGUAGAAAUGGUAUAAAUAAUAUCAGUGCACUUGUAAAAGAAUAUUAGACUCGCCAGUUGAUGUGUAUUGGACGCUUGGCAUGAUUUGUUUCUUUUGAACUUUGGUAAAAAUCGAACAUUUCUGCUAUUAUGAGCUCAUUUUCAAGGUACUUUUCAUUGUGAAACCAGUCAAAAUCACCUCAAUUUAUGUAAUAUGUCUUCCGUUCUAUAAAAUGAGACCAGGAAAACUAGAAUACACCCAUAAAUACUAUGAGAAAAUACAGUGCAAAGUCGCUGUUUUAAUCCAAAAACAUGGUUAAAGUUUUUUUUUUUUCUCAUUACGCACUUUGUGCUGCAGGAUUUUUUAUACUGUGCACACUGACCGCAAAGACCCAUUCUUUCAUAUGUAGGCCUACCAGCUUUCUCUCACUAGAUUUCAAGGUGCUAGAAUUUAGGCGUACUUCUACGUCAAUAACCCUGGUGCAUAAGCCGUAUUAGUAUGUCAGAAAUCCUGAAAGGGUUAAUUAUGGUUUCUGUUGUAGUAUCCUGUUCCGUACCACAUCUGUCUUGAAUGUCAAUCUGAUUGGUCAAUUUUUUCCCUCAAAUACCCCCCAAGUCUGUGAAAUUUUUCUACCUGAGACAUGUCCCUCUCUCCUUUUAUUGCAAUGAUGUUCUUAAUCUCUGUUUUCUCCCAAUGCUUUCUUUCAUCAUAGGUCUGCCCUUCAGCCUCCUGAGGCCCAUGAAUAAUUAUUGACCUCUCCCUCUCCUCUUCCCAUUUCUUUUCCCUCUGUGUCUCUGGAUCUGAUUUAAGCAUCUCCUUUGCUGUUUUCCUAAUCAUCUCCCAGACACCAUGAUGGCCUGAUAUUACUGCUGCAAAAGACUGCUUAGCUCCAUCCCCUCCUUCAGUCCCCUCUCUGCCUACUGAUGUUCCCAUUUCAGUCAUCUUGCUCCUUUAACCUUUUCUCCCAUUGUUGUUCCAUUUUGUUCUUGAGCCAUUCUAUCCAUUCUUCUUUUUCCGACCAGCAAUCAUCGGUUCUCUUGCCUUUACGUCCUCUCUUUUGAGAUCCCAUUUUGUUUUUAUCCUGUUGGAUGUUCUGGCUGCUGCAGCUUAUCAUAAAAAAUGUGUGUGUGUGUGGUGGGGGAUUUAUGAGUUAAUGUGUUAGGUUAGGUUUGUGUGUGUGUGUACUCACCUAUUUGUGGUUGCAGGGGUCGAGUCAUAACUCCUGGCCCCGCCUGUGUGCACACAUGCGCUUUUGUCUUAGUCUAAAAACAAAGAGGGUGGGGGUUCAUAUAUCACAUUAGGCUAUGCUACUCUUCUGAAGAUUAUAGAAUUAUUUCGCAAUCAAUUCCUUAUUAAUAUACACUAAUAUAUACUACUAUAAUAUUUACUGUGUACACUUGUGUUUGUGUGUGUGUGUGUGUUUACUAGCUUGUCAUUCUUUGAAAAAGAGGGGGAGUGGGUCAUGUUAACACACUAUUGUUGUUGUUCUUGGUUGACUGGUAAUCUCCCGGCCCGGAUCUUUGCAUACUAGGCUAUGUUACUUUUUUGAAGAUUAUGGAAUUAUUUCUCACUCAAUUCCUUAUUAAUAUAUACUAAUAUUUACUAUAAUAAUAAUUACUGGUGAACAUGUGUGUUUGUAUGUGCGUACUUGUUUACUAGCUUAUUGCUUUCAGAAAGACGGUGGGGGGGGGGGUCACAAGGCUACACAACUCUUCUGAAGAUAUUUAGAUAAUUUACUAAACAUUAUAAGGGUUACCCCUAUCUAUCUCCUGGCACUGAAAGUUAGGGAGAGAGUGAUGGUAUAGCAUACAACCUGCAGUGCGAGACACAGAGACUGUAGACACCAACCAAAAACUAACCACACAUAGACAAGUGAUGUCUGCACAGUGGAGGUUCCUGGUGGUGGCUGCUAUCAAUUCCUUCACUUUGUAACUCCUUCAGGAACUUUAUCAUGCAUUCAAGUUAUUUUAUUUUUCUUUUAAGACUUGGUGUUCAUUCUUUUUUCUUUAGUACAGUAUUAUGGCCAUAACAAAUCUGAUGGUAUUAGCUACAUUCACAACACCAACAGCUGGGGAUUGACUAAUUUUUUCUUACUUUCAGUACUUACUUAAUCACUCGUUUAUGACCUUAACACUACAUUGCUGCUAUAACUGACCAAUAUCUGUAUUUAUUAAUAUUUCAGAUCACACCGUGCCAACACUGCAGCCAGCAGCCUCAUCAGCUGAUUGAUAUCCUCCUUUACUAAGCAUUCAUUCAAGUUUAAAUUGUAAAAUUCUUGAUCUUAUCACAUUAUUUGCACUCUUGAAAGCUGUUGCACUCUUAUAGGUAUGUUCACUGAUUCACUCACGUACGAUGACUGCUAAUAAUAUCUUAGGACAGACACUAGAACACUAAAUCCUGGGUGCACUAUUUAUCGAUACUGCUUUACGUGUGUGUGUACAUGUGUGUGUGUGUCAGGGGCCCGAGACUGUUCAACUGCCUCCCAGCAUACAUAAGGGGGAUUACCAAUAGACCUCUGGCUGUCUUCAAGCAGGCACUGGACAAGCACCUAAAGUCGGUACCUGACCAGCCGGGCUGUGGCUUGUACGUUGGAUUGCGUGCAGCCAGCAGUAACAGCCUGGUUGAUCAGGCUCUGAUCCACCAGGAGGCCUGGUCACAGAACGGGCCACGGGGGCAUUAACCCCUGGAACUCUCUCCAGGUAAACUCCAGGUAUCAAACAUAGCAGCAUAUGUGUAGAGAACCUAGGAUAACUCAAAAAAGUCAGACAACAUGGCUUAUUUCUAGUACGUGGCUUGGGUUAGCCAUAUAUGAUUUUCAGUAAAUAUUCAAUUCCCAGCCAGGGUAGAAACAUUGGGCGUGUUUCUUUACACCUGUUGUCUAUGUUCACCCAUCAGUAAAUGGGUACCUGGGUGUUAUCCUGGGACACUGACCUAAUUUGCUUGAAAUACUCUGCAUAACAAGUGGCUUUCUAUAUAGUAGUAUGUCACUGAUGUCAGCUAGGCCUGUACUGUAUAUCAUGUACAUGUAUGUGUAGUAAAUAACAAAAAAAGGCACAAUACCGUGACUGGAACGAUACACAAAUAACCCGCACAUAAAAGAGAGAAGCUUACAACGCAUGUGUCAUAAUUUCAUUUUGUCGGUAUUAUAUACCAUUCUUGUACUACUACUACUACUACCACCACCACCUCUUCCUGCCUAUAUAUAUAGCUGUCCUGCUCCACUUCUGGUUAGUGUGACUUUGUAAAUGGUCCAAGUCGGACCGAAAUGUCUUCGUAAGCUUCUCUCUUUUAUGUGCGGGUUAUUUGUAUACGUGCAGUAAAUAAAGAUAUUAUUAUUAUUGUUAUUUUCUCAAUUGUUUGUUGGGUUAUCUUAUUGAAACUUGGGCAAUGUAUGAUGGAAAGAUACUUCUUAACGUACACCAAAAAUGAAAGAAAUCAGACUAUAAAUAGCGGAGUUCACUUCUCAGCCAUUAGUGGCUGCUUAGCGGUAUAUUUUUGUAUGGUUUUUAUGGUUAUCUCGUUUUUUCGGUCUCAUUUGAUAGAAUGAAAGAUAUAUUACAGAAAUAGAUAUGAUUUUGAUUGCUUUCAUGACGAAAAGUACCUUGAAACUUAGCUCACAGUAGCGAAAAUCUUCUAUUUUUUAGCGAUGCUCAAGAGUAAACAAAUGACGUCACCGUUCAAUACCUGUCUGCCUGCCAGUCCAAAUUCCAAUACGGAGUCAAGAAUGGGUUGACAUUAUUUAUACAAUUAUUACAGUAAUGCAGUAGUCUGCAUAACAGUAAAUCUUCUAUAUUUUUGUGAAUAAAAAUUCCAAAUGGUAAGCAAGAGUAAUGUAAGAGGGGCCUGUAGCUGUGACUAAUGAACAGAGAAAAUGUUAUCUUAGUGCCAGGAAUGUCUGCAUUGUUUAUUCUGGACCCUAUUUUGAAAUUUGUGUGAAAUUGGCCAAAUUGCCAAUUUCUGACCACUAUGUUGAGUGGUUAAAGUAAGUGAAUGGGCGGUUUCUUGUACUCAAUCGACAGACUAGAAGUUAAUAAGUAAGUUUAGUCAGGUAUACACAAAUACAGUUACAUAGAUUAUCUUACAUAGCAGUGUAUGUAUAGAGAACCUAGGGUAACCCAUAAAAGUCAGUGACUUUCCAGUACCUGGCUUGGGCUUGCCAUUUAUGAUUUUUGGUAAAUAUUUUUCUCUGUUGUUUGUUGGGCUGUCUUAUUGAAACUUGGCCAGUGUAUGAUGGAAAGAUGCUUCUUAACCUACAACAAAAAUAAAAAGACGGACGAUAAAUAAGGGAACUCGUUUCUCAGCCAUUAGCCGCCUCUGCAUGGUAUAUUUUCGCAUGGUUUUUAUGGUUGUAUUAUCGUUUUUUUUGGUCUCAUUUGAUAGAAUGGAAGAUAUAUUACAGAAAUAGACAUGAUUUUCAUUGCUUUCAUGACGAAAAGUACCUUGAAAUUGAGCUCAAAGUAGCAGAAAUGUUUGAUUUUUGCCGAUGUUCAAUGAACUUUGUGUAUGUCAAAUUGGUUAAUUUUAUUAAGUUUAUUCUAACCUAACCACUCUGUAAUCUGGCACACUACAGGCCCCAAUGAUGCUGGAUUUGUGAUGGAGGACCUGUUGUAAAAUAUUUAGGAAAAAGUAACAUAUGAUACUAUGCAGCUAAUGUAGAGUGGGAGAGCCAAUCAGGUACCUUCUGGGUAGAAGUGCUGACACAAGCAAGAGAGAGAAGCCGACAAAAUGUUCUAUUCUUAUGGUAAUAUCAACAUUAAGGCUUAUUUACCUAUUACAAUUGAUUUAUUAUGACAUAAGGCAAAACCUUUAGACAUGACCUACUUCCACAUUGGACAAGUGUGAUACCACCUACAACUGCUGCAUCUCACCUGUCUACAGUAUACAGUGGACCCCCGGUUAACGAUUUUAAUCCGUGCAAGAGGGGUAAUUGUUAUGCGAAAUAAUCGCUAUGUGAAUGAAUUUUCCCCAUAAGAAAUAAUGGAAAUCAAAUUAAUCCAUGCAAGACACCCAAAAGUAUGAAAAAAAAAUUUUUACCACAUGAAAUAUACAUUUUCCCACACACAAAGAGAAGGAUACAUGCACAAUAGUAGAGUAGUACAUGCACAGUAUAUAUUGUGCAUGUACUAGUCUACUAAAUGAAGAAUAAAUGACACUUACCUUUAUUGAAGAUGCAGCAAUGACUGAUGAGACACUGUGUCCUGGGAGUGCCUUUUCCUCCUGAGUACUGUAGGUCCUGUUUGGCAUUUUCUUCCAGAACAGGCCUUAUCACACUGUGUAUGCCACUACGAUUCUUAAAUCUCUCAAACCAACCUUUGCUGGCUUUAAAUUCACCAAUAUGAGCACUAGUUCCAGGCAUUUUUCCCUGUUCACCUGGGUGUUAGUCGACUUGUGUGGGUUGCAUCCUGGGAGACAAGAUUAAGGACCCCAAUGGAAAUAAGUUAGACAGUCUUCGAUGACACUGACUUUUUUGGGUUAUCCUGGGUGGCAAAUCCUCUGGGGUUAAUUGUUUCUUGGUAUUCUCAA